AUGGGAUUUGGCGAUAACGAGACUGGAUUUGGAGGUGGAGAAGGUGGCUUCGGCUCCGGCGGCGGCGGAAGUGGAUUCGGCUCCGGCGGCGGCGGAGGAGGAUUUGGCUCCGGUGAGGGUAAUACAGGAAUGCGCGGUGGAUUUGGCGGAAGGCGAGGGGGAGGAUCAAGUAAGUGGUUUGCGUCUGCACCGAUUCUGAUUGUUUUGAUUUUAGGCGGUUUCGGAGCAAGCAAGACUAACGAUAACUUUGGCGGUGGAAACCAAGGGGGUAGUGGAGGCGGUUUCGGAGCAAAGGAAGGUGGAAGUGGAGGAUUCGGUGGAGGCGGCUUCGGGGCGAAAGAAGGGGGAAGUGGCGGAGGAGGCUUCGGAGCAAAAGAAGGUGGAAGUGGAGGAUUCGGUGGAGGCGGCUUCGGUGCAAAAGAAGGUGGAAGUGGAGGCUUCGGAGCGAAAGAAGGCGGAAGUGGGGGAUUCGGCGGUGGUGGCUUCGGAGGAAAUGAAGGUGGAAGUGGAGGAUUUGGUGGAAACGAAGGCGGAUCCAGAGGAGGACGUGGUGGAUUCGGUGGAGGCCGCGGAGGAGGCGGCUUCGGCGGAAACGAAGGUGGAUCCAGAGGAGGAGGCCGCGGAGGGUUCGGUGGUGGCCGAGGCGGCGGUGGUGGAGGAUUUGGAGGUCCCAAGAAUGAUGAUGGUUUGUGGUUUUUGACUCUAUUUAUCUCAGUUUAGGAGGAUUUGGUUCCGGCGGAGGUGGCGGUGGAUUUGGUUCCGGAGGAGGCGGCGGUGGAUUUGGUGCCAGAGGCGGUAGCGGCUUCGGUGGUGGCUCUAGAGGCGGCAAAAGCGGAGAUGGAGGUGGUUUCGGGGCUAACAAAGGAGGUUUCGGUGGUGGAGAUGCCGGUAAGUUGGUAUUUUUUCGUUUGAUCUUCUUGUAGAUGACAAUACUGGUGGAGGCUUCGGAAAAAGUGAAGGUGGAUUUGGCAAGAGCGAAGGAUUCGAGCGCCGUCCCAGAAGAAACGACGGGGAUGGGUUUGGAGGAGCUCCAGAAGGCGGAUUUGGUGGAAGUACGUUUUAAUAUUUAAUUUUUAUUUUGGUAUUUAGAAGGUGAACAUCGUGAACGCGGUGAGCAUCGUGGCGAACACGGCGAUCGCACCGACAAACCCGAGGCCUAUGUUCCAAAAGCUCGAGAGGUGGAUGAAAUCUUCAAAGAGGAUGAACUUGUCACCGAACUCUACGAGAAACUUGCUACCACCGAUGAGGAAGUCAACAUUGAGAACUGGAAGGGUGAACCGAUCAAAGUUGAGAAUUGGACGGACCUCAAGAUGAAUGAGAAGAUUCUGGAGAAUGUGAAACACGCCGGAUAUGUGAAGCCAAGGAAGAUUCAGGCCUACACCAUCCCCAUCAUCGCUUCUGGUGUUGAUGUGAAAGCCCAGGCCGAGACGGGAAGUGGAAAGUCCGCUGCGUUCUUAAUUCCCAUCAUUGAGAACAUUAUCAAGGAAAAGGAGAAUCAAGAAAAGGAAGGGACUACCAAACGGCAAACUCAUCAGCCUUACGCCAUCAUCAUUGAGCCCACCAGAGAAUUGGCCAUUCAAUUGUAUGAACAAGGAAGAAAACUUUCGAAUGGUAAGUUUUUUAAUUUUUUUUUAUUUUCAUUGUUUUAGGCACUGGCGUUCGCGUCGUCAAAUGCUAUGGUCAAUAUCAUUUCAAAGAAAACGCCCAGGAGAUCCUCGAAGGAUCUGACAUUGUUGUAGGCAGUCCAGGACGUCUCCUCCAUUUCCUGGAAGAAGGGAUUAUCGAUCCCGAGUUCUUGAAGGUUCUUGUGCUGGAUGAAGCUGAUAGAAUUUUGGAUGAUCAGUUUGGAGAACUGGUCAAGAAGAUGGGAGAGGUCCCUAAUUUCCCUCCUGUAAGUUGAGAUUUUUUUAAUUUAUUUUUUUUUCAAUUUUUAGAAAGACAAACGGCAGACCCUUUUGUACAGUGCAACUUUCCCAGAAGAGGUUGAGAAGUUUGCAACGGACUUCUUGCGCGAGAAUUACGUCAAGGUUCAAAACAAGGCGCGUUUGUCGGCCAAUGCUCGUGUCCAUCAAGAAUUCAUCUCCUGCGAAAAGCCAUUGAAGAAAGGAAGAGUUUUGGAAUUGUUGCAUGAAAUUCAGAAGAAUGCCAGGACUGAGAGUGAGUAUCUUAUUUUGUGCAUUUAUUUGUUUAGAUCCGGAUGCACCCCUGCCAAGAACAUUAAUCUUCGUUGAAAUGAAGCGAGAUGCCGACUUGAUCUCGCUUUUCCUCUGCAUGAAUGAGUUCAAAGCAACCACAGUGAAUGGAGACAGACCACAGAAGCUGCGUGAACAAGCGCUUCAAGAGUUCAAAGGAGAUAACACCCGUAUUAUGGUCGCAACUGAUGUGAUGGCUCGUGGAUUGGAUAUCAAAGAUUUGGAUGUUGUAAGGGAUGAUUUGAACUUGAUUUUAAUGAUAGUCUUGGUUAGAAAAUGUUGAUAUAAAUUUCUAGGUGAUCAACAUGGACAUGCCUCAGGAUGCCGUCACCUACAUCCAUCGUAUUGGUCGUACCGGUCGAAUCACUCAAGGUCGCGCUUUCAGUUUGUUCGAUCCAACUGAUAAGAGGGAUAUUGAACUUUCUCAGCACUUGAUCACGGUGAGUUUGUUUAAAGUUAUAUUUUUUUGUUGUUUAGUUAUUGAAAGGAGAUGGAAAUGAAGUACCCGAGUUCAUCGAAAAGGCCAGUGAGAACGCCGGCCGUGGCGAUGAUUUCUUCCCAGAGCCCCCAAUUGACGAUGCUUUCGGUGGAGCUGACUUUGGCGCACCACCUGCUGCCGCUGGAUUCGGAAAACCAAGUGGAGAAGCUAACUUUGGAGGCAAUGAAGGCGGAUUUGGAUCCGGUGGUACGCGCACUUUUGACGCCAAAGCCGGAGGAGGUUUCGGCGGUGGUUUCUAA